UCAGUUAGUUUGUAUUGAUCAAAUAUUUGACGUUCAUAAUAUACAUCUGAAGUUUUAUUACAAAAAAAGUGAUAUAUAUUGUGAAAAAUCGAAAAAUGGAAGAUUCUGAGAAUCAUAUAUCUGCACCUAUUCCCGAAAAGGCUGUUCUCAGUCCUGAUCAUCCGAUUCUGGAAAAGUUCCAGCAAGCUUUGAAGGAGCAUCUUCUUCUUCAGAUAAAUCGAAUGAAAGAUGAUAUUUUCGAAAUCGAAACCGAAACAAAAAAGAAAAACUUUGAAAAAGAAGAACUAGGUGUGCGAACUUAUGAGGCCCAGCAAUUGGUGUGUAAUCAACAGAAGAUUCUGGAGAGUAUUAUUUCUGAUCUACAAACAGUGACAGGAGCGAAAGAAGAAGUGGAAAAUGAACUGGAAAUACAAAAGAAAAUCCACAAAGAUUCAAUAGAAAAGUACAAUGAGUCAGAAAAAAAUAACAGAGAACUACAAAACGAAAUAGAGUCGGUGAACCUACUCAUCAAACAAAUGUCGCAAUGGGAAAAUAAAAUUGAAUCCCACAUUUCUGUGAAUAAACGAGUUUCCGAAAAAACCCGAAAAGAUAAUUUGAUGAUUGGCAGAGAGAAAAAAGAGCAAGAUCUGUUAAUUUACAAACUAUUAACAGAGAUAUGGAAACUUGAAUCAGAACUUGAGACUGUUAAUUCCAAGAUAAGAGUUAAAGAAAAUGAAAUUGAAGAAAUGGAACAAACUGUUGCUGUUGGCAAUACAAAUAUAGAAGCUCUACAAAGCGAGUAUCGAUGUCUGAUGCAUUCUUGGAAUUCCGUAGUGGUUGCCAUAGGAAACAGGGAUAAAGGUCUCGAUUGCUUGAAUGAAGAACUUGGUAAGUUUCAAGAAAAAUUCAAAAGCAUGGUGUCAGAAACAGAACAAAUAAAGAAACUCACGAAAACGGAACUACAAAAUAAUGAAAAGCUGACAAUGAUCAAGAGUCGGGUUGAGUUGGAUGUUAGAAAUUGUAAAAUUCAAACUGAUGAUGAGAUGAAUAAGAAAGUUGCCAUCGAAAAUGAGAUGUAUGAAUUACAAGCAAUCAUAGACCAGAACGACAAAGACAUUCAGACUAUCGGAAUUGAAAAUCAGCAAAAACAAAAUGCAUUGAACAUAUUGAUGAAAGAUUUCGAUAAAGUUGCCUCACAAAAGUUUGACUUAGAAGAUGCUCUAAUGAAAAACUUGGAGAAUCAAUUAGCAAACAAUAAAGUUGCCAACAACCUGACAAAAAUAUUGAGCACUAUAAAAUAUAAGAAGAAAGAAGUAGAAGUGCUAAUGAAUGAAGCAGAAAAUAAAAAUAGUUUGCUGGCUUCAGAAACCGAGUCACAAAAAUUCAUGAACGAUGAAAAUUCUCGGUUACUGAAAGAAAUUCAGAACCAACAGGCAGAACUAGAACGGGAAGCAGAUGCUCUUGACGCAGAAAGGGAAAAAUUCGAACUUUUGUUCAGAAAAAGAGAGAGACAAGUUGAUGUGUUGACCAAUAAGUUAGAAAAGGCUACUUUGAAAAGUACCAGUGCAACCUCACCUCAAGAAUUGAAGACUUUAGAACUGGAGAAACAUAUCGAAGACAUUCAGGAAAUAAUAAAAAAACUACAAUCUUAUUGGUUACGGGAACAAAAGAACAUUCUGGCAGUGUCUAAUGAACGUCAAGAACAAAUACAUAACUUGAAUAUGCUGAAAAAGCAAACGUUGAUACUGGAACAGAAAAAUUUAAAGAUAAGCGAUGAGAUAGAAGACUACAAGAAAUUUCAAGACAAAGUUCUACACAACAUACGCAAUCUUCAGAACAAAGGAGAGGCUUUGUGCGAAACUCUUUGCAAAAGUCGCAACCGAAAAACUGACCUAGAUAGAAGCAAUACUCUUCUGCAAUCUGAAUACGACUCCAAGCUGAAAGACUCCGAGCUCCAACUGUUAGAACUGGAGUCUGAAAUAACGGAGAUUGAGGAAGAUAAAGUGAACUUGAGCAAGGAACUCAUAGAAGUGAAUAGAGAAGCACUAGAGUGGGAGAAAAAACUGCAAUUAGCCAAGGAGGCACUGAACAGUAUGAAACAGGAGAGAACCCAUGGAGGCGAAGUUGAUAACAUGAGGCAGGAAAUACAUCGGAUGGAAGUAAUUCACGGCCAGCUGAAGAAGGCUCAAGAAAAAUUGCUGAAAGACCUGGAACAUUGCCUUUCUAGAAGAGAUAGUAUCUACCUGACUUCAGAGGCCAGACAGAAGAGAGGAGCUUCGAAGGUGAAUGAAGUCAGGACUCGAAUCGAUUACAGUAGGAAAUUGGAUAACAUGAAAAAUAAAAUGAAACAGAUGGAAAAUGAAAUUGAUAAAAUUAAGACCAACAUUCAGACAACAAAUAAUCAGAAAGAAAUCACGAAAAAGCAAAUAGAAGAGGCGAAAGAAAAAGUAAAAUUCACACAAAAAUAUUCGGUGGACUUGGUACAAGGAUUAGAAGAAGCCAAGAGUAACAGACAGUUCAAUUUCGAAUUGUUGGUGAUGCAACAGAAAAAACAAGAAAUGUAUCACUACUUGUCGAUGGGGAGAAAAACAUAUACUAUUUACAAAACAGAAGAUAAACUUGUAUCGGAGUACGGUAAGCAAAAAGACCUGAAUGGACGACUGUGCAAAGUAGUGGAGAAUUUGAGAACAGAUUUUCCCAAUUAUGAUCACGAGUUGAAUAGAAUCAAUAAUACCCUCAAGAUUGGUGCACUUUUGAUGUAUACAUGAAUUCAUAACGAUAAAAUAUAUUAUACAUUCUUUCUUCACAAAAAUAUUUAAUACAAGAAACACUUCAUUGUGA